AUGGCGCCCACACUGGAAGGCUGUGACGAUGUCUUGUGGCCAGAUCCCCCUCGGGGACCCCUUGAUGCCUACCGAGCGAGAGCAUCCUUCAGCCGUAGGGAGCUGCAGCUCUUCUGGGAGGGUGAGGACAUGCUCCGCUUCAAGAAGACCGUCUUCUCGGCUUUGGAGAAGGACCCGCUCUUUUCCAGUUCCCGUGGCCCUGAGCUGCCUCUGGAGAAGUACCGAGAGCUGAGCUUCCUCCGGUGCAAGCGGGUCUUGGAGUAUGGGUUCUUCAGCUUGGACAGCCUGCUGCAGAACCCGCUGCAGCUCCUGGCCUUGAUCAACUGCCUGGGCGCAUACGACUGGUCAGUGAGCACCAAGUUCGCCCUCCACCUGAUGGUUUUUGGAUCAACUCUUUACAGCCUGGGCUCUGAACGGCACCUCAAGUAUGUUGAAAAGGUCCUGAACAUGGAGAUCUUUGGCUGUUUUGCUCUGACUGAACUGAGUCACGGGAGCAACACCCAGGCCAUUCGAACAACCGCUCACUAUGACCCUGCCACGGAGGAGUUCGUCAUACAUUCCCCUGAUUUCGAAGCUGCCAAGUUUUGGGUGGGCAACAUGGGCAAGACAGCGACCCACGGGGUGGUGUUUGCACAGCUGUACACUCCGGACGGCCAGUGCCACGGGCUGCACUCCUUCGUGGUACAGAUCCGGGACCCGGAGACCCUGCUCCCCAUGCCAGGGGUGAUGGUUGGCGACAUGGGGCGGAAGCUCGGGCAGAAUGGCCUGGACAACGGUUUCGCCAUGUUCCACAAGGUGAGGAUUCCCCGCCAGGACCUCCUGAACCGGGCUGGGGACGUCACCCCCCAGGGCACCUACGUCACCACCGUUAAGGAUGCCAAGCAGCGCACUGGGGUGUCCCUGGGCAGCCUGACCUCGGGCCGCAUCUUCAUCACGGGCAUGUGCGUGGUGAACCUGCAGCAGGCCCUGUGCAUCACGAUCCGCUUCUCAGCCACACGGCGUCAGUUCGGCCCCACGGAGGAGGAGGAGAUCCCCGUGCUGGAGUACCAGAUGCAGCAAUGGCGCCUGCUUCCGUAUCUGGCAGCGGCCUACGCCCUGGACCACUUCUCCAAGUCGCUGUUGCUGGACCUGGAGGGACUGUAUCAAGGCCUGCUCAGUGGGGACCACGGGGUCUGGCAGGCAGAGCUGAGCCGAGAGAUUCACGCCCUGGGGGCGGCUGCCAAGCCCCUGGUCUCAUGGACGGCGCAGCAAGGAAUCCAGGAGUGUCGGGAGGCAUGCGGCGGGCAUGGCUAUCUGGCAGUGAACCGAUUGGGCGACCUCAGAAAUGACAAUGAUCCGAACUGCACAUAUGAGGGCGACAACAAUGUGCUGCUGGGGCAGACCAGCAGCUACUUGCUGAGUUUCCUGGAGCGCCAGGUGCAAGAUGGAGCUCGCUUCCAAAGCCCGCUGCGCACUGUGGACUUCCUGGAGGCCUACCCCGGCAUGGUUGGCCAGAGGUUCAAGGGUACCAGUGUGGCCGACUGGCUGGACCCCACAGCCCCACUGGCAGCGUACGAGUGGCUGGUUUGCUACCUGCUCCAAAGGAGUCACCAGAAAGUCAUGCAGGAGAAAAGAUCAGGACACAGCAGCUUUGAAGCAAAGAACAACAGCCAGGUCUACCACAUGCGGACCCUGGCCCUGGCCUUCGUGGAGCUGACGGCGGCGCAGCGGUUCCACACGCGCACGCACGGCCCUGAUACGCCUCCCGCACUGCGGGCCGUGCUCGGCCGGCUCAGCACGCUCUACGCCCUGUGGUCCCUGAGCCGGCACCUGGCUCUGCUCUACCAAGGGGGCUACCUCUCUGGCGAGCAGGCAGGUGAAGCACUGGAGGGCGCCAUCCUGGAUCUGUGUGCCCAGCUGAAAGAUGACGCAGUGGCCCUGGUGGACGUCAUCGCCCCUCCCGACUUUGUUCUGAACUCCCCGAUUGGCAGGGCCGAUGGCGAGCUCUACAAGAACCUGUGGAGCGCCGUGCUGCAGGGGAGCGGUGUGCUGGAGCGGCCGACCUGGUGGCAGGAGUUCUGCGUGCACCGGCCCGUGGGGGCCGGCCUGAAGUCCAAGCUGUAGGUGCCCGGGACACCAAGUCGCCCGGCCACACCACGGCCACGCUGGGCAGGUGGCACCAGACGUGCAGGGUCAGGCUGGGUCUCAAUGGUUUGCUGUCGGGGCUGGGAGCUCGCGUGAGCUCCCCUUCCUGGUAAAUGCGGGGCUUUGGUGACUGGGAUCUUCUCAGGCACAGAUUCCAAGUGUGAAGUAAACUGCUCAUGGUCACGGGUUUUCUGGCCAGAUGAUCUUUUAAAUUCAUCUGGGAUUUUUUUACACAGCUCCACUUCGCUGAGAAAUGAAGUGUGGUGCUCUGAUUCGCUGUUGACUCUAGUGACUUUGUCACACAUAAUCAGCUCUGUCAGGACCUGGCUAGUAUGUCAUCUGAAUGACAUAGUUUAAGACUUUGUAAGGGAAAAGAUUCUAUUACUUUUUUUUGUGGAAUGAGAAGUUUCCACUGAGAAAUGAUUCCAAAGCAGAAAUGAUCUGAGCGUCUGGGCAGUUCAGCUGCUAGUGUCCCUGUGUGCAAAUCGCUCCGUGUGCGAUGUGUUAGUCCAUUUGUCCCUAGGGCAGGUGGCACAUGUGGCCCCUUGUCCUGGGCGUGCCUCAGCAAAUCCACAUGCCCAGCCUGCCCUGUGGUGCCAACCAUGUGUAAAUGGACUCCUCGUGCCUCUGAAGGGAUUGUGGUUCACUAGCUCAUCCUCUUCCUUUUCUUCUUUUUCGGUACUGGGGAUCAAACUCAGGACCUUGCGCUUGCAAGGCAGGCACAGUGCCACUGAGCUAAAUCCCCAGCCCAAGUCCAUCUCUUCCUGCUAUCCGAGAGAACGGGAAUGAAAGUUCCAGACUCUCACCUUGCGAUGGGUUGGUGCAGACCACAGGGUGAGCUGCAGGGGCCAGCAGAUGCCCGAGGGGCUGCUCCUCCAGCCGAGCCUCGAAUCAGGGCCCAGGCCCUGGGGUCAGCCACCUGCCCGGGGCUACCAUCCCUCAUCCCAGAGGAGGGCCUGGCUCGCUGUCCUGGCAGAGCUGGGUGAGGGCACCCAGGGCAGCCCGUAGGAGCCACCUGUGACUUCCAAGCUGAGACACCCUACAUCCAGCCCUGCCCAGAGGCCACCUGUCUGCCCCACCCCAUCCCCGUUCCAGGUGGGCUGGAGCAGGCUGAGACGCUGAGGUGACCUUAGAGAAAUUCCAUUCUAAGUAAAGGUCAUUUAAAAAAUAAAGCGCUGAAAGUUUAAUCUCUGCUUUCUGCCACUCUUUCUCUGCUUGUAGUGCUCGUGUUCACACACUAUUUUGACAACACAGAAAAGGUCAUAGAAGAAAACAAAUGGCACUGACAGCCGCACACUUGGAAGUAACACCUGGUUACAUUUCAUUCAUUUAUUCUGAGCCAUGGGGCCACAGAAUUGGGGUCACUGUGACCCUUAGCUCCUGCCGGGUUCCCUCCGUCCAACACUGAGGCCCAAGCGGGGACAGUGACCUGUGCUGCCACCUUGCCCAUCACCGGCCCCUCGUGGCAUCCACUGUCCAGCAGGUAGCGUGCAAGCUCACUCUGUUCCCACGUGCAGCUUCUCCAGCGGAAGGAAGCGGGGUUGCACGCUUUGUGGGCAUCUCUUCCCAUCCUGAAGGCUGCUCAGCCACACUCCCCUCACACGACACAUACUCUGAGCAAGAGGGACUUCCGGUACUACCUGCCACCACGGUGGGACACACAGGCAUGAGAGACAGGACAGGUGCUGGGCAGACCGUGCCGUGCCAUUGUCCCUGAAGUAGGAUGAGUAUAGACUCUGCCUCCCUGUGCUGUGAGCAUUAGCGUGGUUAAUUCACCAAAGUUCGUAAAUCGGGGUCUGCCGUGCAGGUGUCUAGGAGAGUCUCCUUAUUACAGCUGCUGCUCAGGAAGGCAGGCGCAGGUCUCUGGCCAUGGCAGCCUUUCCACGGCUUCAACCUGCUGCCACCCUCACGUGUAGACGCUUUCCUCCGCUCCCUCCCAAGCCUGAGCCCCUCUUGCCUUAAGUGUGCACUCUGCAAAAAUGCCACAUUUAGUCUUUAAAAGUCAUAACAUGUUUUUACAGAUUAGGAAUAGUAAACCUUCACCAAAGGCGGUGAAUCCCUGUAAUCCCAGCUCUCGGUAGGUUAAGGCAGGAGGAUCACUGCAAGUUUGAGACCAGCCUGGGCUACAUAGUGAGCUAUAUAGUGAGCUCAAGGCCGGCCUGGACUGCACAAAAAGGAGUAGUAAACCUUGGACAUAUCCUUUGUAAAUUAUUUUUCUGCAUUUGUCAUUUGCCUUCUAAUUGUGUUCAUUUUUUCGUUUUGAUUUAACAUAGCAAAGCUUAAAGCUUUUUUUUUUCCGGUACUGGGGAUCGAACUUGAGAUCUUGUGCUUGCGAGGCAGGCAGCGGAACCACUGAGCUAAAUCCCUGGCCCAAAACUUAAAGCUUUUAAAUCAGAAAUCUGUAUGUGAAGACUAAGAAUCAUAUCUGCUCCAGCCUUUGAGGUCAUGCUUGGAAAUUCUUCUCUGACACUAAGAUCAUUUCCAUUUUCACCUGCUUUUCUUAAGUACAUUUCGGCAUCAGUGGGCCAGAGGAUUUAUGCUGUGAGGUUGGGAUCUCAACUGGUCAGAACUUCGAGUAAUGCACCAGCCUGAAGUCCCACCAGUGCUGAAUGCCACAGUCAGGUGCGUCCUGGCUGUAUUUCUGCUCUUUUCUGUCGUGUCAUCUCAUAUCCUGUCCUGUGGUUUCAUUACUGCAGUCUGUAUACUUCUAAUAUCUGCAAAUAAAGGCCUCGACUCCCAUCUCUUUCAAAAAUUUCUUAGCUGUGCAAACUGUGACAUUAUUUUGUUAAGGCAAGGCAUUCUCCCACUUCCAAAUCAUGAAAAAUUCUUUGGAAUCUGUUUGGACAUCUUCUCUCACUUACAGAUGAAGACCAGCAGAGUCUAUAUCUUUGUAAUAAGUUGUCUUUCCAUUUAAGACUAUUCAAGUUAUUUUAAUAAAAAGCUCUCUGGUUUUGCAUA